CUCUCCUCUACUCUCCUCCUCCAAAUCUCUCUCUCUCUCUCUCUCUCUCUCUCUCUCUCUCUUGCAAUGGAGGGAGCCAUGUCCAAUCGCGUCAUGAGUUGUUGUGUCUCUCCCAAUGAGAUAAAAAACCCAGCUUUUUUCUCCCCACGAACGGGAAUCUAUAGCAGCAAACACGCCCCCAGAACCCUCCCCCAGAACCCAUUUCUCGAUCUCGUCUCCUUCCUCUUCUCCCACGAACACCAAGGAGAAAUAGCCCUAGUCGAUUCCCGAACUGGGUUUUCGAUUUCCUACAAAAUGCUUCGCGAAUUGGUCGAUUCCGUGGCCUCUGGGCUUCAAACUAUGGGUAUUUGUUCUAAAGAUGUGGUUUUAAUUCUAUUGCCUAAUAGUGUUCUUUUCCCUGUUAUACUAUUGGGGGUUCUCUCUAUUGGGGCUGUUGUAACUACUAUGAACUCUCUUAGCAGUAUUGAUGAGAUCAGGAAGCAAAUGAGAUUUGGCAAUUCUAAAUUAGCUUUUACUUCUCUUGAAAACAUUGAAAAGAUAGAAAAUUUAGGUGUUCUUCAUCAUAUCGUCGCGGUUCCUGAGGAUUUGAAUUAUGACAAGGCAAAGUUCCCCCUUUUUGAUAGGCUCAUUUCGAGCAAUUCGAAGAUCAUGCUGAAACCCAUAAUUCACCAGAGUGAUACAGCCGCCAUUCUUUAUUCCUCGGGCACUUCGGGACUUAGUAAAGGGGUUGUAAUCACUCACAGGAAUUUGAUCUCUAUGGUGGAGCUCUUUGUACGGUUCGAGGCUUCGCAAUAUGAGAAUAAGAGCUGGAAUAAUGUUUACCUUGCUGCAUUACCAAUGUUUCAUGUGUAUGGUUUGUCGCUCUUCACGAUGGGGCUUCUCUCCUUGGGUUCAACUAUUGUGGUUAUGAGGAGAUUCGAUAUGCAAGAGGCGAUUAGAGCGAUAGAGAAGUAUAAGGUAACACAUUUCCCUGUGGUGCCACCAAUAUUGGGAGCUCUCGUUAGAGCUAAAAGUGCCACUGGAUGUAAGUUGGAGUCUUUGAUGCAAAUUUCGAGCGGGGCGGCUCCGUUAAGCAGGAAAGUAAUUCAAGACUUCCUAAGAGCUUUCCCUCACAUUGAUUUUAUACAGGGUUAUGGCAUGACGGAGUCUACUGCAGUAGGAACUCGUGGUUUCAACAGUGGUGGCAGUGACAAGAAGUAUAAAUCAGUAGGACUAUUAGCUCCAAACAUGCAGGCCAAAGUCAUUGAUUUGAGAAGUGGCUCUUGUUUACCUCCCGGCUAUAGCGGGGAACUAUGGCUACAUGGACCAGCUAUAAUGAAAGGAUACUUAAAUGAUGAGGAUGCAACAGUAUCAACUAUAGUUGAGAAUGGCUGGUUAAGAACAGGCGAUCUGGCGUAUUUUGAUCAAGAUGGUUACUUAUUUGUAAUGGAUCGGUUGAAAGAUACAAUUAAGUACAAGGGGUUUCAGAUAGCUCCAGCGGAUUUAGAAGCAUUGCUGAUCGCUCAUCCUGAUAUUCUUGAUGUCACAGUGACAUCUGCUGCAGAUGAAGAAGCGGGGGAAAUUCCAGUGGCUUUUGUGGUUAGGAAACCCGGAAGCUCACUUUCUUCUGGACAAGUGAUAGAGUUUGUAGCUAAGCAGUUUUUCUUUCCAAAUAUAUAUUUUAGGUGGCUCCAUAUAAGAAAGUGAGGAAGGUUGUCUUUGUGAACUCAAUUCCGAAAUCCACGGCAGGAAAGGUACUUAGAAGGCUCCUGAAGAAAAGCCAUGGGGAUUCCAAGAUGUAAAAUCCCAGCUUCUUGCUGGCUACAUAAAUUUGUUCGAACAAAAAACCCUAAUUUCUUUCCCUCUUCUUUUUUUUCCCCCUUUUUUUACCCAUCAAACACGAGUUCAUGUGCAUCUCAGUUAGUUUCUCAUUGCAUUCAUGAUCUCAAAAUUUAAAAUUAGUUUCAUCAAUAAGUGAAAUUCGUUAUAGUUCUCACGAAGCUUCUUUGAGCCUUUCAUUUUUGGAGUACUAAGCAUUUAUUCCAAUUUGGAUUGACUAAGAAGGGAUGAUAAAUCUAGAAAAAGAAUAUUCCUGCAUUAUUAUCCUCACACCUGUAGUUUGUGGAACAUUAAUUGGUUUGUUAAUCUGUUUUGGUCCACCAUGAUGUGGGAAAUCAAUCAUACAUAUAGGUGGAAAGUGUAAUUCCUAGUUGUAUUCAUUAACAAAGUUUUACGGAGCAUCGGUCCACAGUGAAGGGAUCACCACCGUCGAUUUGUGCCACAGUUGAAUCAUAAAAGCAAUGUGAACGGUGGCUGUCGUUGUCUCGCCAUGGGAUACUGAUACCCUGUAAAAUCCUUUUCCAGUUCAUUCCUUUAAUGUAGUACCUCUCAGUUACUAUUUACUUGUUUAUUUGGCUACAUAAUUUGUAAAAUGCCUUACUUUUGGGCACCUUAUAUUAUUGCAUCUCCUAUUUUUAGGUGAGCAGGAAUAAGUCCUGUUCAACAGA